ACUCUGGACCAGACCUCCACCACCUGGUCGGGGUGCCUGGAUGUUUGCUAAGAAUCGGCGCUAGGACCAGGACAGUCACACCUGUUGGCCACUGAUUACUGGGGCGGGCCGGCACCCAGCGAGUGUGAAUGAGCGAGCAAGGGGCGGUUAGGGAGUGACUGUGUCUGGGCGUUUGGAGAGAACUGCUCAGGCAGGGCCGGGCAGGGUAACGCCACGCCGGGCCGGGCCGCCGGGAGCCCAGCAGCUCUCUCUACUCCUUUCCUUCUCCCCCGAGCUGUGUGUGCCUUGCGCAGACCAUGGCGGAACUGCUGCGGAGCCUGCAGGAUUCCCAUUUGGUGGCGCGCUUCCAGCGCCACUGCGGGCUCUACCCGGCGCCCCUGGAGGCCCCCCAGGAGCCCGCCGCGGGCUCCGGGGACGGAGCGCUGAAGCCAGCCUCCCGGCAUUCCCAGGCGGUCAACGGCAAGGGAGGCCGGAGCGGCGCCUUCCCGCAGCCUCACACUCAGAAGUAUAUUGUGAAGAAUUAUUUCUUCUACUACCUAUUCAAGUUUUCAGCUGCUUUGGGUGAAGAAAUAUUUUACAUUACCUUCCUUCCAUUCACCUACUGGAAUAUUGACCCUUAUGUGACCAGAAGGUUGAUAAUUACAUGGGUGGUGAUUAUGUAUAUAGGUCAAAUCUUGAAAGAUAUUCUGAAGUGGCCCCGGCCCUCCUCCCCUCUUGUUGUGAAACUAGAAAAGAGGCUAGCUGAUGAAUAUGGGAUGCCAUCUACUCACGCCAUGGCGGCCACAGCCAUCUCGUUCACAUUUCUCUUCUCUACAAUGAACAGAUACAAGUACCCCUUUGCAUCAGGAUUAAUGCUGGCCAUCUUGUUUUCUACCAUGGUAUCGCUUAGCCGGCUGUAUAAUGGGAUGCACACAGUACUGGAUGUGGUUGGUGGCAUUCUGAUCAGUGGAUUAUUCAUCGCAGUAAUUUAUCCAGCAUGGGACCUCAUCGAUCACCUGGAGUCUGCCAGUCUGCUCUUCCCUAUAUGUAUUUUAGUAGUGCCUUUCUUCUUAUGUUACAACUAUCCAACAUCAGAUUUCUAUACUCCGACCCGAGGAGACACCACCACAAUUCUAGCUGGUGGAGCUGGAGGAACCAUUGGAUUCUGGAUCAAUCCUUUUUUCAAAUUAGCAUCUGAACCCACAGAAUCUGCCAUACAAAGCAUCCCCCCACUUACCGCCAAAGUAUUAGUCUUGGGACUAACCAAGUUUAUGGUUGGAAUUGUGGUGGUUUUCUUGGUUCGUCAACUGAUGCGAAAUCUUUCACUCCAAGUGCUUUACUCUUGGUUCAAUGUGGUCACCAAGCACAAAGAAGCCAGACAAAGACUGGAAAUUGAAGUGCCGUACAAAUUUGUAACAUAUUCUUCAGUUGGCAUCUGUGCUACGGUAUUUGUGCCAAUGCUCCAUCAGUUCUUGGGAUUACUUUGAGCAACAUACCCUCGAAGGAGGGCUCAUAGAGGCAAAGGAGUCCUAGAAAGGUCAUGCAAUAGAAAACACCUGUCACAGUCAUCAUCCUUGCCACGACUAUUGCCACAACUACCAGUGCCAGCCUUUUCUUUCCUCUAUGUCUAUGACUCUCAAGAAAAUGAGAGAGAGGGAGAGACAGAGAGAGAGACAGAGACAGAGAGAGAGAACGAACGCUGUAUACCAUGUGCCUUUCUCUUCUGGCUAAUUAUCAAAGUUAGAUGAUGACAAAGCAUGAGGAAAAAAUAAUUCUAGCUUAUAAGGUCUAUUACAGAUUCAUUCCAAAGUUAAACCUAGUGUAUAAAUUGCAACCUUAUGUUAUACCCUUUAGAAUCCUUUAUUAUUUUUUGGGAAAUGGUCUUAUGACCUAGUUGUGGUACAAUACAUCAUCUUGUAAGUUAGUGCAGAUCAUAUAAGCCUUGAUUAGCUCUUGGAAAAGUCAGCUGGCACGGGGGAAAUCUAGGAGAGAAUAUUCCUGUAGCCCUCAUGAAUGACUUCUGGUCCUCUAGAAAAACUGAUUCUCCCAACUAGAAUGGGAACUCCAGCUAGGGUGAAAUGGUGGUGCCCUGGCCAAUGGCACACAAUGGACAAUGUGGCAUUAGAUGUCAUUCCAAAGAAAUCAUAAUAGCCCCUUCGGACAUUCUCAAAACCUAUGUUUUCUCUACUGGCAAGACCACUAAGAUUAAACCUGACUGUGAAGAAAUAAAAUCUGUGGCAGGAUGUGAAAUCACUGGCAGGAUUUCUAUCUAGUCAGUAAAAGCACACACGACAGGCCUUUUAAAAAACGAUUUCACAUACACCACGAAGUAUACUUAUUAUGAAUCAGUUUUGGAAUUGAGUUUCAGCAUCCAUCUUCAUAUAUUUAUUUCCUUCAAAGAAUUCCAGAGACCAAUCCUACAGUUGAUUGAUGAAUGUGAUUAACUAAUUGUUCCCUCCAAAGUAGUAAAAUGUAGGUUUAAUAUAUUUAUACGUGGAACAGAAGCCUAACUAACACUGGACAGAACCUCUAGUCCACUCAUUUAUUAAAUGACUGGUAUUAAUAUCCUGCUUCUUUCUUCACCUUUCUCCCUUAUCUCAGGACCACUCUCACGAUAACGUAUGAAAGACUUUAGACUAUUUGGCAGAAAAAUGACACAGAAACUUAGAAAGUGUUACUAUCAGGUAAACACACAAACAAAACUCCUUUUCUCUUGCUAGAAGAAGUUCAAGUUAGCUCUUGAAAACAAAGAUAAGAGCAGAUCAAUCCAAAAAAGUUUCUCUCAAAAAACAAAUAUGCAUGUGUGAAUAGCGUGUGGGAUUGACCAGAUUUAGUAGAAGAAACACCAGCAAUAGAGUCAGAGUAUUUGGAUUUAAAUCCUGUUUCUAAUGCUAAUACUAUCCAGACAGUGGGACCUGGGCAAGUUCUUUUAACCUCCCUGGACCUCAGUUUCCAAAUCUAUAAAAUAAGGGUGUUGGACCAGAUGAGCUCUAAGGUACCUUUCUUGUCUAGAUCUGUGAUCAUAAAUAUAUAUGCAUUGUAUAUAUGAUAUAGUUUUUUUUUUUAAUGGGGAAAUGUCUGCUUUGCAGGGGCCAUAGCCCCUCUAUCCACUCCCCUCUUCUCCGGGCCCCUCUCCCCACUCCCCACUCCUUUUUCUUCUAGCCUGGCAUGUUGGAAUGCACACCUUUCUCACUGGAAGGUAUCCCCACGUCCCUGUUGAAGCAUUUAGACAAUCUUCCUGCUGUGCUGCUCCUUAGAUAGCCUAGUGAUCUGAGCAUAGGUCACAUUUUAUUCCCAAGCCUGUCUGUGGAAAACCUGAGCGAAGCCUUUCACGCUAUUAUUUUUGUGCUUAUAGAAACAUUUGUAGAUACACAUAGAGAAACAGCCUAUAUUUAGGUUCCUCUCGGUCAAACAUUCAUCUGAAAACAGACAAUCAUCUUUGCCUAACCUGGGUCCCCUCGUCCUGGGUGGGGGGCUUUCUUUGGGGUUUUGUGGAAUACCCUGAUUUCUUAAGCCAAAAAUAGGCGGGGAAGAAUCCUAGCUUCUUUCUGGGAGUUGUUCUCUGGGUAUGUCCGGUUAAGUAGAAGAUAGGGAGCAAAUCAAUUGCCACUUGACUACUUUAAUAACCACACACUGAAAUAGAAGCAGCAACUGUAUCAGAAGGUGGAGGCAUCCUAAUUCCCACGUGAUAUCAUCCCAGGAUCUACCGCUUCAUUGUUGGGAGACUGGACUUCUCGGUAGCUGAAUUUCUUCAGCUAAAAAAAAAUGGAAGAGAAUACUCUGUAAUAUUUAUUUAGAUUUGUGAGUGUGCCAAAAGGUAGUUAAUUUGAAAAUAAAUAUGUAUUUGACUACCAAACUGGUUUUCCCACUUGCAGCUUCCUGAAAUCAGAAUCAAUUCAAUUCCACCGAAGGAUGUAUGCCGGGCUCUUGAUGCAGACAUUGGGAAAACCAGAGUCAAGUGAGACCAUACAUAUGAUGCUCUGCUGGCCUUAAAUGUGAGCCAAAAGGAAAAAAGUCCCUGCCCUCAGGGAGUUUCUGUUCUGUUGUACCAGAGAAGUAAAUGCCAACAGAGCUCCGGACUCUCAUCUUCUCGAAAUAGUUCGGUUUUAGUCACUCUCCUGUGAAAAAUCUAAAGGGAACUGUUGGCUUCGUAGCUUUCUGGCUGGCAAAUGGGUCGUAUUUUAUUGGACACGAGGAGGGCUUUCAAUAAUCCAAGGCGUAAGCCGUGGUUAUUCCUAUAAAAGUGGCGUUCUGCAAAGAUCGCUUUUAAUCGAUGGUAUUUGAUAACAGACCGGGCCCUCCUUUGGGAGUCAGUUCCCUUUCCUCCGCAUCAUUAUUUAAUCUCUCUCCCAGUGGCCUAGAACUGGAGACUAUCGGGGUUAAGAAGGACCCCUCAGGUCAUUCGAUCCAAUCUGCUGGGGGGGAGGGGGGACGGUAAGAGCCUUUUAAGCUCCCAAACUAAUCCCUUCUGGGAGUGGUUUCACCUCUUUAAAACAACAACAAAAACCUGUCUAUUGGGGGUGGGGAGAGUCUAAGGUCUCCUUGGCUGGAAUGCUACCAUUUUCUUUCUGAUGGCAGCGUGCCCCCUACUGGUUAGUCUUAUUUGGUUUAUCCACUGGGUUUCUUUUUUCUUUUUUAAACCCUUGCCGGCCGUCUUAGAACUGAUGCCAGGUACGGGUUCCAAAGUAAAAGAGUGAAAAGGGUGAAGCAAGUGGGGUAGCGAGGUUGAAUGACUUGCCCAGGGUCACACCUAUCCACUGGGUUUCUGUCCAGUCUUGGCUGAGCGUUUUACUUUGCAGCUCCCGGAUAUCAGAAGUCCCUGGGAAAUCUUUCCAGUUUUCUCCAUCUUCCUCCUCUUCCUCCCCCUCACUGGGGCUCCCUCUGAUCCAUGUCCUCCAGGUUCUGGGUUCACUUGAUAUCCUUAGCACAUGUCGUUUCUUGCCACUUUUACUCAACGUCCUAAAGGCUACCAGGGAAGGGAACAAGCGUCUGAGCUGCAAAGGUGGCUUGAAUAGGCCUGGCAGAAGCGGCACCCCACUGAGCCCCAAAGCCACUGCGAGGCUCUCCCGGGCUCUGGAGCAAGGAAUUUCCUCUUUAAGUGACAGGCCUGCUUCCAUAAAUAUAACCAGAGCAUCCGCCUUUACAAGUCAAUGGGUUUUGCCUUCAUCUUUGGGGGAUAUUCAUCUGGUUGCUUAUAUACUCGAUGUAAAUUGUAUUUUUUUUUCAAGAAAGAAAAGAAUCCUGCUGGUUUGAUUCCAUAUUAAAUGUUUUUCAAAGCCA